AUCACAAUUCAGACCACAGAAAGUGGUGCAGCGUUUACAAUUUGCCACUUUUAUGAAUGAGAAUUUAAUAAAUCUUGCCUGUAUAAUGGGUGACAUAAGUAAAUUAUGAAGAAUAAUUCGAUCGCGGCGUUCACAAAUGGCUGCGGAUUCGCUAUUAAAAACGGGGAAAAACUCGAAGUAUAUAUCGUAUAGAAAGAUUUUGUACCAUAGGUUUUUCGUUGGGUUGCUGUUGUUUAUAUUGGUGACUUUAGCGAUUACUGUGUUGUUUAAUGCUCUGUCGAGUAGUUCGCCGCGGACAGUUGUGCACGAAGCAGUGAAUUUGGACCGUAGUGUUGUGGUGAAGUUGGGGCAAGAUGCAGCUACAGCGCAACCCAGGGAUGCAAACUGCACUUACUGGGAGUGCUUUAACGUGUACCGGUGCGGCAGAGGCGGCCACAAUAAGAUAACAAUAUACAUAUACCCGAGAACGGACUUCCACACGCCAGAGGGUCCUAUAUCAGAAUUUUCUAGAGAAUUUUACGUAAUUUUAGAUACUAUAAGACAUAGUAAAUAUUAUACAGCGAAUCCAGAGGAGGCGUGCUUGCUAAUUCCUAGUAUAGACACUCUAAAUCAACGUAGUUUUUUAAGCAAACAUGUAUCACAGGCUUUCAACAUUCUUUCACAUUGGAACAAUGGAGAAAACCACCUUAUAUUUAACAUGCUGCCCGGAUCAGCACCCAACUUUGAGACUGUCCUCGAUCUCAACACAGGGAAGGCCAUCAUAGCCGGGGCCGGGUUUGACACCUGGUCCUUCCGCUACGGCUUCGACGUGGCCAUCCCAGUCUACAGCCCUCUCGCAGCUCACAUAGACAGCACACAACCAGACGACAAGAAAUACUUAAUAUUAUCCACCCAACUAAACAUCCCGAGAGAUUACUUAUCUAUAUUACAGAAUAUAGCGUCAUCAUCAAACGAUUUAAUACUUCUAGAUAGAUGUAAAGGUGCAGAUCACAGUAAACGCUGUGAGUACAUAACGGGGAGGGUAUUUAACUACCCAGAAGUAUUAAAAGAUGGGAUGUUUUGUUUAGUCAUACGUAGUGCAAGACUAUCCCAAGCUGUGUUAAUGGAUAUCUUAGCAUCGCAGUGUAUUCCUAUAAUAGUGGCUGAUUCUAUUGUGAUGCCUUUUAACUCGCAUGUGGAUUGGAAUAAAAUAGCAAUAUUUGUACCUGAAGAGAAUUUGAAGAAUGUUUUGAAGGUAGUGCACGCGGUGAGUGAGGAGAGGCGUGGGGAGUUAUAUUGGCAGCAGAGAUGGGUGUACGAGAGAUACUUCUCGAGUAUACAGAAGAUAACUAUGACUAUGUUGGAGAUUAUUAAUGAGAAGGUGUUCCCGUUGGCAGCUAGGAGUUACGAGGAUUGGAACAUGCCGGAACAUUUGUACGGUCCCGUGAACCCGCUCUUCCUUCCAGUGACUGCGCCGAAGGGCCCGGGCUUCACCGCGGUCAUACUCACCUACGACCGGAUGGACAGUCUAUUCACAUUAGUACGAAAACUGGUUCGCACACCUAGCUUGGCGAAGAUCCUCGUCGUGUGGAAUAACCAACGGAAAGCGCCGCCUCCAUCGUCCGAGUGGCCAGUGAUCAACAAGCCGCUGAAAGUGAUAAGGACCAAAGAGAACAAACUAUCCAACCGUUUCUUCCCGUACGACGAGAUCGAGACCGAAUGUCAGCUCACCAUUGACGAUGACAUUGUCAUGUUGACGCCAGAUGAAUUAGAGUUUGGUUUCGACGUGUGGCGUGAGUUUCCUGACCGGAUCGUGGGGUUCCCGUCCCGCCUCCACGUGUGGGACAACGGCACUAACUCCUGGCGAUACCACAGCGAGUGGACCAAUCAGAUUUCCAUGGUUCUAACCGGCGCCGCGUUCCACCACAAGAUCUGGUCGUGGUACUACACGUACCGCAUGCCGGCCGCCGUGCGCGCGUGGGUCGACGACAACUUCAACUGCGAGGACAUCGCGAUGAACUUUCUCGUGGCCAACGUCACUGGCAAGCCGCCUAUUAAGGUAACCCCCCGCAAGAAGUUCAAAUGCCCCGAGUGCACCAACACCGAGAUGCUCUCCGCCGACGCGCGCCACAUGACCCAGCGCUCUGCCUGCAUACAACGCUUCACGCAAAUAUAUGGACACAUGGCUUUGAAAUCCGUGGAGUUCAGAGCCGAUCCCCUUCAGUAUAUGGAAAAUUCCGGUAUACCACAUAUGUAUCCUGAUAUAGGAAUGCUUUAAAAAAGUAACACUCCAAAUAAAUCCAACGAAAGCCUUGUAUAAGUUGUUUCACGAAAAUAUAUGGACAUAUGGCGCUCAAGUCUGCAUAGUUCAGGGCUGGUUUACUGCAGUACAUGGAAAAUUCCGGUAUACCUGAUAUUGAAAUGGCUUAAAUCAAGUAACACCCUACAGAACAUUGAAAAAAUCGAGCGAAAGUUGUGUAUACUUGCUUCAUGCAAAUAUACGGCUAUACCCAUGUCAAAUCUGUUAGUUCAGAGUGAAUUCGCAGUAUGCUACAUGCUUUGUCAACACGAUUAUUUGGGUAAAUACAACAAUGUGUUGCUGGUUAAAGGAAAAUUUUGGUAUACCCAAAUGGUAUAAUGAGAUUAUAUGGUCCAUUCAAUAUUAAUUUUAUAAGUGAUUUACUGGCUAAAUAAAACCGAACGGCAACUUCUAUAAAUAGUAAUAAAUAUAUAAUACGAUGAUUGAUUGAUGCGAUAACAUUUUGGCAAAUAAAUUUGAAGGUAAAAACUAGAGCUUCGUACCUUAAGGUACAGUUUUAAGCGGAUUUUAAAUAUUCACGCUUAACACAUGUUGUUAUAAAGUUAUGUGUGUGGUAAAAGCAAGUCAGUAUUGAAUGAACUAUAAGAUGACCUCUUGGUUAAAAUAUGUUACAUUUACACACUAACAUUUAUGAAAGUUACAUAAAAUAUAACCUCGUGCCGCCACCAUGAAAAAUUAUAGCUAGAAAGUUUGAAUCUGGUUGUAUUUUUCGGUUGAAUUUCAAUUGUUUGAAAACUUUAUGAGACAAAAGAAAUGCUACUGAAACAAAAUGUACAUCGUAAUGUACGGCGGCACGAGGAUAAUUUUGUAACGAAAAGAAGAUCCUAAGCUUAAUAAGUAAUUUUCUGUCUAGAACGUGUGUCUAGAACAACAAAAAUUGAUAAGCGGACGCGGUUUACAGAAUGAUACCUCUCGCAGCUCUCGCGACGAAUGUUGGUCCCCAUGACAGUUCCUGCAACUAUCUUUUGGUUUGGCUUACUGUAAAAAAUGUUGAAGAGAUGUUUUUACCGUAUUUUUAUUACUUAAAUGUUACAUUUCUAAAUAAAUUAAUGUGCUUAACGUCCAAAAAAUUUCUGCAAACAUUUUACGUGACAGCUACUCUAUAUGCUGACAGCUGUUCAUAUGAAACCGGCCAAGUGCGAGUCGGACUCGCGCACGAGGGGUUUCGUACCAUUACGGAAAAAACAGCAAAAAAAUCACGUUUGUUGUAUGGGUGCCCCAUUUAAAUAUUUAUAUCAUUCUGUUUUUAGUAUUUGUUGUUAUAGCGGCAACAGAAAUACAUCAUCUGUGAAAAUUUCAACUGAAUUUCAGAUACAGCCUGGUGACAGACGGACAGACGGACAGCGGAGUCUUAGUAAUUGGGCCCCGUUUUUACCCUUUGGGUACGGAACCCUAAAAAUGAACUGUCAUAGGGUCCAUAAUUCGAGAAGAGAGGUUAAACGGGUAGCCUAGCCAAGAUGCCUCGUUUGCGCCGUAGUGAAUGAAACGCUAAUGUGUCUCUGUCGUACUAAUAUGGAAGAAUGAUAGAGACAUUAGCGUCGUUCGCUACGGGCAAACGAUUGGCAGUUUGGCUAGGCCCCCUGAACACAACUUUAUUGUUAAGAGUGGUAUUCCAUCUGUCCAAUAUCUUGGUCCAAUGUGUAUUUUGUCUCACAUUUUGCAUAAUGAGAGAGUGAGACGCACUGACAUUGGACAAAUAAAUUGGACAGGUGAAAUACCACCCUAAGAGAAUAAGAGCGCGUGUAGGUAUAUUUUAGUUGCCAACUGACAUAAUAUAGGGUUAAAUAUGUAAUGCCAAGUUUAUCAAAUAACACUAAGUAUAGGUAGAAUAGAACAGGUCGAGAACUAGAGAAGGAUGGACAAUAAAGUGUAUGAAGGCUGUAUGAGAUUAGAGAAAUGGGAAUACGUCCCCAAUACCCAGGGUAAGUAGUUUUAACUGCCGCGAGUUGAUUUAAUUCAUAUUUAACACUAGGUGUCGUUAUUGCAAUUUGUAAAAAUACCUUAAAUUACAUGUCAGCCAUAAUUUCUUUAAAAAAAUUUUUUGUUACUUUUCUGUUAUUUAAUAGCUAUUCUCCUAAUCGGGACAGAGACCGAUCCAACAAACCCAAAAUAAUUUAAAUCAGUCCAGUCGAGUUAUAAAUGGUGUAACUCUCCAGACUACUAAGUUUGUGAAAAUACUGAAAGUAGGUAUUAAAACUUGAAAAGCAUCUGAGACUUCAAAUUGUUCAUUAACGACUUCUAGUGAUUAAAUCAAUGACCCUGACCGAUAACGUACAGUGAAGGUAACAAACUUAUUUUCAUGUAAACAUAUUUUGCUGUGCCAUCUUUUUUAAAUUUUAUACAUAAGUUUAAUAAUCCCACCCAAUUAAAAAACGUUAGGUACAUAGUCAAUUUAUGUCCAAGAACUAUUAAAGUUUGUUAUAAUUUCAAUAUUCUGAAUUUUACAGAUAUGUACAUAAUGACAGCUGUCAACGCCAUAUUUAGUGUUAACCCCUCGUUUUAUUUCCUUGACACAACCAGCCCUAAGGCUGCCUUUCCACUAAAGCAGAGAUGAGAGGAGACAGGAAUCGGCCAAUAGCAUUGGUUUUAAUCAAGCGGAAUGGAAAAGAGAACUAAAUGCUAUUGGUUGAUUCCCGCACGUCCCUCUCAUCUCCGCUUCAGUGGAAAGGCAGCCUAACAUUCUUACCUAUACUGUACAUUAUCAACAUAUGAAAUGGUAAAUUAUAAGUAAAAAUAAAUUGACGCUUGUUGCGUAUAAGUAUCAAUUGAGCAAAUAUUAGUUAUCGAUAUAUUUUUUUAGAAAACCUAAUUUAAUAUUGUAUAUCGUUCUUUGUCGUUUUCGAAGUCAAUUGUAGAUGUAGGCUAUUAAUUGUAUUUAUUGUUUACAAUGAGCUUCUGUGUUAGUAUUUAGUAAUCACCAAAGUGUUUGAAGUAAUUGAAAUUAACAUUAACACGUUCUACUAUUAACUAAUUAGAACUUUUCAUGAACCAAAUAAAGUAGCAUUUCGUUUGUUUCAUUGCGAAACAAGAGACAUCAAACAAACGAAAUUCAGCCCAAUUUACCAUACGACAAAGUUCAAAUUAAAAAUAGGAAAAUAUGGACCUUACGCGAUUAAAUUACAUACCUAGUAGGUAUUGGGUAAAACUUCUCUUGCCAUUGGUCAUUGAUGUUAGUAAAUUGUAAAACAAUAUUUAUAUUAAUUUUCGUAUUGUAAAAAUGGGUCAUUGUUACCAUUUUAUUAAUAAAAAUCAUUACUAAAAUAAUAUAUUAAAUCCAAAUUUAAAAGAAAAGAAAAAUUGUUUGACAUUAACAAUUUUUUAGGAGAACUUUUGUCAAUGCGGUCUCACAUUAAUAGGCAUUAAAUUAAUGUUAAUUUCACUUACAAUUAGGUACUAUUAACUCCAGCGUAUUCAAGGGUUGAAUAUUAUAAUUUUUAUCUUUAUAUCUUUUAACUAAGUUACAAUAAUUCCCCAAAACAUGUCAUCCCUUGGGGAUCUAUCUUAUCUCUAUAAACGGUCUAAACUAAUUGUAAACGAGUAUUCGCUUUGAACCUUCUUGCCACUGUAUAGUUGAUAAUUUUGUACGACAAUAAGUUGUUAGAUCCAACAACCCUGAUAAGUUUCAUGUCAAUUCUCUCUUGAAAAACGUGUAGGUUGGUCAUUGUUUAGAAUUUCCAAGGUAAGGUAAGGCAUAAGGUUCGGAAGAACCGCUAUCUUAUAAAAAUAUGGGGUGUUUUUUCUACCCUAAGCCAAAUUUUUCGAGGUGUGUAGGUAUAUCAUACUGGGCAACUGUUACUAUGAGACCAACUCCGAAAUCGUGAAUAAAAUGUUGGCUCUCCCAUAGGAAACGUCGACACCGGAUCAGGCAAAAUGUAUGAAACACCCAUUUUUUUUAUCACGAUUUUGGAGUUGAUCUCGUAAAAAGGUAAAAGAUGUUCAGUUUGACCUAUACCUGUAUAGGUCAUACUUGUAUUACAAUACAAGCUACAAGCUUUUGAUAAACGGGCCCCAGUACAAGUGCGAAAUGACAUUAGUUCUUGUAAAUUAAUGUGAAACGAUAGUAGGUAUUACAACUAUUACAUUCUUAACAAUGAUCAGCCAAACCCUUAGAGCAACUGUAAAAUGCCGUCUGUCCUUAUAAUUGUAAAGAAAAUAUUCUAAACAAUAAUAAAUUAAUAGUGUUAGAGAAAAAAAUAGUCCAUCUUGACAUAUCGGUGCUUGCGUCGAGGUUCAUUCCUACGUACCUAGUUAUAUAUAAAUGUAUAUUGUAAUGGACAGUGUAUAGAUAAUGGAUUUAUCAAUGGCAUAAUUUUAAACAUAUAUCUUUUGUAUUUUAUUACGAUGCGAUGACUGAAUUAUAUUUUAAGCGUAUGGAAUUUCAGUCGAUUUUAUGUAAAGUAAAUCCAAUGAUUUUCUUUAUUAUAAAUCUGUUGAUAAUAAAUUGCAUUGUAAUUUUAAUGUUUGAGCCAAUCGUGUAAGUACAUUUUGUAAUUUAUUCGCCAUUAUUUUCUAUUUAUGAAUUUUUAAUUUUAUUAAAUUAUUUUUUAUGCGUUUUUGAGACAUUCGUUUGUACUUGGUAGUUUUUUUUUUAAUCGUAGCCAAAGAACUUUUAGACUAGUCUCGACGUUUAUUUCGCAUUUACUAUGUAUUUGUAUUGUGUAAGGUAUCGGUAAACUAAAUGACUUUAUAUAGUAACUUUAUGACUUUACACUCACGUAUUUUUAGUCACAACGAGUGGCAUGUUUAGGAGAACAGAAGUAUUUCCAGUCACCGGGAGUGCCAAGGCCAUUUUUGAAUUCGGCAAAAUUAGUUUUAUAGGUACCUACUCAAUAAGCUAGUUUUCUAUUAGUAAAAAUCAUUAACUCUUUAUGAGAUGAAACUAUGAAGUUAUUACAAGAAAAUUAACAAAAAUAUAACAAUGUGUAAUUAUCAGGCCUGCUUCUAUACGUACAAAAUAAUUUAAUUUCAGUACCAUUUUGUACCUUGCCUCAGUGAGAAUCAAUAUGAUAUUCGCUAGGGUAUUCACACCUAGACACUGUGGUAGGGUACGAAAUGGUACUAAAAUUAACCCUAAAAAGGAAGGAAUGGAAAGAUUCGCACUCUUCUGGUAAGCUACGGUGAAUUUAUCUUUUAAUAAAAAAAUGCGUUGGAUCCGUAUUGACGGCUAUCUCAUUUUAAACACAGAUAAUUAGGAACAUACUGUCUUUGUCUUACGCAAGUACUACCCAAAAAAAGGGAUGAGUAUAGUCUAAUCGAAUUUAAACUAUCGUGAGACAUACUAACUAAGCUUAUUUUGCGGUUUCAUUCACGUAUUUUUAGUCACUCGCGCGACAUUUUUAUUUAUUUUCUAUUUUUUCUUAUUUACUGACAAAUUUGGUUAGCCAGACUAUAGUUUGUUUUAUUUUACCGAUACCUAUACUGGGUAGGAUGGUCGGAGAGGAGUUACCAGGUAUAUCAAACGACAGACUGACGACUUCGUUACGGCUAGGCGUAUGCUAGUCUAGGUGUUAGAUAGGUACAAAGUAGGUGGCGUAGACCUUUGAUCUUUUUCCCUUCUAGGGCCAUAUUAAUGUUUGUAUUUUGGUGACUUUCACGAUUCCAUUUAUUCUAGUCUAUUGACAUACGCGUUUUAUACGUUUUUCGUACGUUCAACACAGUAUAUAUAUAUAUAUAUUCUUAUUUCAGCUUAACAAUGUGAAUUAAGUAUAAUUUAUAUAGAAAUGUACUAAUCGAACAAAUUUCUACUCUAGGUUCGUUAAAAUAUCUAUUAUUGUACGCGACGCGGCGCAGGAUGAAUUCAUCCUUUGAUACCUAUUGUCUGCCUAUUAUAGAAGUUUUUGUACUAUUUGUAUAUUGUUGUAUGUAUAUUAACGUCUAAAAUAAAUGGAAUCUGAAUAAAUAUUGUAAUGCGUUCUAGAGAUUGUUAUACAGCUAAUCGUUAAUAUCGGUUAAAUAUUAGGUAGGUAAGUACUAAAAUGUCUAGUUUUUUUUAAGGCUGAGGAAGGAAAAGAUCGAAGUAUAGUAGAUAAAUAAUAAUAACUUGAUAUGAAGAGAUUUUAAAACGAUAAAGUUUUUUUGCAAUGAAAUUAUUACUACCCUGAUUUUUUUGUUGUGUUUAUUUUAAAUCGAAUAUUUUAUUUAUUCGAUUUAUAACAUUUUUGGAUUUUUUUUAUUAGUUUUUCAAUUUUGAAUAAAUGGAUGCAUUUGUUUUUGUGCAGCUAUAAUUUGUAGAAUUUUAAUUUUACCGUUAAUCAUAAACUAUUGUUUGAAGUGUAAUUUAAUUGAAUAUGAAUUAUUUAUCUGUCUAGCCUGCUUUUUUGUAUGUUGCCCACGAGCAUAAUAUUAAUAUCUUUAUUAAUCAUAACAUUUGAACAAGCCGUGGCAAAAUGCUGGGACAACGUGAGGAAGAUGAUGAUGAAACAUAACUUUUUUUAAAUGAUUAAUAACGACUUUUGGCCAUACAGUUUUCAUUUCUAACGAGUGCAAAUAAUCAUUUCAAAUCAGUGAAACUGGUAUAAUGAUAAUGACUAAUUAUAUCUAGAGAAAAAAACCUCAAUUUUACUGCAUGCACUUGUAAGAAAAGAGACUGAUAAGUGAUAAUGAUAAUUAUCAUAGGUCUAACAGUCAUGUACAGUCAUAAUAUUAUAAUAAUAACUGGAAUGAAAUUAUAUAUCAGUUUUAAUAAGAACCGGGCCACAAUUUGUAUCAUUUUCGUGUAUCAAAACUUUGCGUAGCACCGGCGGUAACCGUAACACGUCUCUAUUGUAAAGGCGUUAGAGUGCGUGUUCAGAUAUUUUAAGCACCUCGGCUGCUCCGAUAUAUCUGAUGGCGACUGUACAAUGGAAGCUUUUUUUAUACCACGUAUACCGCCUGAUGGUAAGCAGUUACCGUAGCCUUAAGACGCCUGCAAUUACAGAGGUGUUACAUGCUCGUUGCCGACCCUUUGAACGACGAAGCUUACCUAAACUUGACAUUUACGCUUCGCACCAAUAAAAGGGGCUCCUGGUGCUACUCCCUACUACAGUUCACGCACGCUCCCUAUUACGCGAAAAUGAUACAAUUAUGGACCUGGACCCGGUCCUAUACAGUCUUAAACCAAUCAAUCAACUAAAUAAGCAAUCGCAAGAGCUGCCAUUUUGUAUGUUCGUUGUUGUCUUAAGUGUAAUCUGUUUACAUUUUUUUAAUGUGAAAAUUCUAGCUUAAGUACUUAAUAGUUAUUAAAUUUGUUUUUAUGUACAACCUGUAAAUACUAUAUAUUGUAAAUAAAAGAAGACAUAUCAAUUUGUAUA